AUGAACCAAGCCGACACCCCAACUUCAGCAAUCGGCAAGCUCCCGACGGCAAUCUGCACCAACAUCGAGGAUCGCGUUUGCAAACCCAUCUCAACAAACGACGGCGCGGUUGAGCGAGCGACCCGAGGCGCUUUCAACAACAGUAGAUCCAUGGGCGCAGCCGUCGCUGCGAUUUUGCCUGUCGACAACGCCCAGAUGACGAGCAACGACAUCCCCGAUGCCGUUGGCAAUCUCAACUCAACGAACGAAGACGCUGCCUCUCGAGCGACCGAAAACACAUUCACGUACGCUAACCCUGUAGGCGCAGUCGUCGCUUCUAUUCCGCCCGUCGACGGGGUCCAGAUGGCAAGCACCAGCACCGAGGAUGCUGUUUCCAACCCCAGCAUUCACGGCGCCGCUCAACCGACCGAAUCGACGCAUGCUGAUGUCGGUAUUCAAACAGAAGGGUUUUGGGAGCCCGUUGUAGUUCAUAUUCGAGGUGGGAGUGGGGAGCCUCGCAUCGUGGCUUUUGAGGGAGCCCAGCAAGCAUUGAUUACGGGCUUAAAGCUCGAAAUCGCGGUCGACGCCCAAAAAAACAAGGUAUUCCUAUUUCCUAAUGUGAGGAAUGUCGAGCUUGUAGAUGCAGAUAUUAGGGUCUAUUCUCUUUCCCUGACAGACGGUGGGUUUCCCUUAUACACCUAG